GUUUGUGGUUUGUUCUCAGUGUUCAGCUCUCCAUCUCACACAGUAAAGGGGAAGUGGUGAUGGACGACUACACUGUAAAAUCAUAACUUCAUACUUUUGCACAAGGCCUGUGAAAUUUCUAAAGUACUAAAAUUUGCAGAAUCUAAUCUAAAAGUUAAGGCAAAGACACAAAUCUCCAGAAGUAUAUCAUAUAAAAUAUUAUUAUACUCAUUUAAAAUGUAACACAAAAGAAUGAAACCUGUGACAUCAUGGCUACCUGAGGGUGUACAAACUUAUACUCAGUUCAGUCUUCAGUUCUAAUGAACUUUACUGAAAUUACACUUUUACUUGUUAGAAUUCUUAGAUCUUGUAAAUGUAAUUUAUUCCAACAAAGAGGAGAGAAUUUUAAACCUUAUUUCCACUAAAUAGAUCUAAAAAAGUUGUUUCAUACCAAUCACACGUCUCCAUUGGUGAGAGAAAAGUGUGUAGUGAGCGUGUAGAGACUGAACACACUGAGACAGGACUUCCGCCCAGCACUCUGAUGAAUGUGGGACAGUAAAGACGCUAAACUAACAGUAAGGGAAGGUCGUGAACAGCAGCAACACAACUGCACUGAACACAACGUUCUUCACUGAUAAUGACGUCGAGGAGAAACAGGAACAUGCUGGUGAAUAUUGUAGCAGAAAUCAGGACUCUCAGGACUCUUCUUCUCCUGCUGUGCUGUUUACUGUGUGAAGCUGGAGACGAGACGGUCACACUGCAGGAAGUGGAAGGAACCACUAUAACUCUCCAUACUGGGAUAACUGGGAUUCAGAGUGAUGCUCGUAUUCAGUGUUUUUAUGGACCUGAGAAACUAGAGGAAAAGAUAUUGAAGAGUCAGGUGUUUAAAGGAGAAACUGUUACAGACAUCAGUGAGAGAUUUAAAGAGCGACUGCAGCUGGACAGAAUCAGUGGAGCUUUAACCAUCAGGAACAUCAGCAGAACUGAUUCUGGAGUUUAUUUAUUACAAGUCAUCACUGGACGUGUCUCAUCUAGGACUUUCAGUGUCAGUGUUUAUGCUCCAGUAUCAACUCCAGUAAUAAUAAAUGAAAGAGGAAAGCCAAGUGUGAUUUCCACAGAGUCGUGUUUCCUCCUGUGUUCUGUGGAGAAUGGAGAAGAUGUGAAGUUAUCCUGGUACAGAGAGAAUGAGAGAAUCUCCAUCACCAAUAACACAGAUCUCAGUGUUCCCCUCAAUCUCCCACUUCAAAUACAACACCAUGACAUUAACACUUACAUCUGUGUGUCUGCAAACCCUGUCAGCAAUAAAACAACUUCUCUCAUCAUCACACAGCUCUGUGACAUCUCAGAUGAUCGUCCCCGUUCACGGUUUCCUGCUCUGAUAUCUGUUGGACUUUUUGUGUUAUUAAUUAUAAUAUUAAUAAUUUCGGGGAUUCGGCUGAAAAAGAAAAAAAACACAAGGCAAGUAAUGAAUCUUUCUGUUUAGUGUUUAGUUCAGUUUUUAUAUUUAAAAUAUAUAUAAUAUAUAUAUUGUUCAGUUCAGUAACAUUUAAUCUGAUUAAUUUUUCUUUAUUUUCUGAAAUUCCUGAUGUACUGACUUCCUCUUAUGUGAAUAUCAUCACUCACAGUUCAGAUAGAGAUAAAGAGGUAAAGUUGUGGGGAAAAUAAUUUGGUAUAAAAUCACAGGAGUGAUAAAGUCUCCUCCUGAUUCAGAUAUUUAAAUAUACUGCUGUGUUACAGGAAGAAAACUCCACAGUAACGGAUGUUGAGACCCUGUGGUGUAUUCAGACGUGAGGAGAUCCAAAUAAUUUAACGCAUCACUAUAUGAUAAAUAUUUUAUGUUUUUGCACUUCUCAUGUUCUGUCAUAGGUCAGAGUGACACACUCGAAUUAAAGCUUUCUUCACUUUA